AGCCACUGCGGCACAGCGCCUGCAGGAUCUCUACCGUCCUCUGGUUCAGGAGUUGGUGGCACCUCGUCCGUCCAUGCGGGGAACCCCCAGGGCAAGAGCGUGACGGUCUGGGUGUGUGUACAUGAUGUGCCUAUGCAAGUGUGUGUUCUUCCAUCCUCUCAAGCUUCUGGGGCACCUCAGGAAAGCUGGACUGAAAUAACAAUGUCAUCAGGAAAGAUGGGCGAAAGUACAGGAAAACAAAUAAGAGACACAGCAGAUUUACAACAGAUGGCCAUUAAUAAGUAGUAAUGGUCUUAAUCAUACAGUGAUCAUUAAUAGGUUCCUCCAACUGUAAUAAGACGGAUGGUGAGCGGAACCGGGUGGAGAGGCCUAGCAGACAGGGUUCUUCUGUAAGACAGAGGAAUACCUUUCCCGACCCCCAUCGGAGAGGGCAAAAACAGGAUGAACUUCUAUCUGGAUUCAGAGUCACGGGAAACCUUGGAUCUCCGCCCUUGAACUCCAUGGCGAACUCCCAACACUGCAGCGACUACAGCGACACAGAGGACUGCAUUUCUGACCGCACGUCCAACCUGAGCCUCUCCAUAGGCUACUUCCCUUGUGAGCACAGCUUCUACUCGGACACGCCCUCCUACGCUGACUCGUCUUCUGUGGAUUCCUCAGUCCACCUGCUGCCUCCUAUUCAAGGGACAUGGCAGACGGAAAGCACAAGGAGACGCGUGCUGCGCCGAGACCAAGUGAAGGACAGCCCUGAGCAGUUCUGUAAACUGAGCAUCGCUCUGGCCUGGGACAUUGAUGUGGACUCUGACUGUGAAGACACAAGAACAAACUGGGCUCGAAGCGGUGACCAGCAGUGGACAGACAAGUACCCAGCAGAGAGCACAAAACGGACUCUCAGCAAACUGGGUGAUCUAAUGCAAAAGCUGGAGACGUUCCUAGAAAACAAGAAAAAUGAUGAAGAGAACGACUCCGUGUCCCCUGCAUCUACAGAGGAGGAAGACUCCCGGCUGUCCAGCACCUCCCCUCCACAUCUGGCUCAGCAGAUGACAGCCCAGGCAACUGGCAGCCAAAGGACAAAUGCGUCGCUGACCUCCUUUAUCUCACUGGAGAAGCUGGAGAAGGAGGACCCGCGAGGCAAGGCCACUCCUCCCAACACCCACACCAUCUUCUGCCUGAACUUUGGGAGAUUCUUCCACUGGCUGAGGAAGCAGGUCCUCUCCCCUCUCCGGAGGCGAGACCAGCCCGAGAAGGCCCCUGAGGCCCCCCGGCAGAAGGCACCAAGGAAAAGACACUGUCGCAGAAGCAAGAGGAUCCAACCCCAAGAAUCUCUCGAGGAAGGACCCUGCGUACCCUCAAGUGUUUUGUUAGUUCCUGUUCCACAGUCCCUAUAGGUUCGCUUCUCCCCAGUAAGCAGAAUAAAUUUUCUCAUCACUCA